GCCGUCCGCCGCGAGGGAGGCGGAACCCUGGGGACGGCGCCGGUUGUCAGCCGGCGCCCUUUCGCCGCGGCCUUCCGCCGUCCCGCCGUUACCCCGGCAACGGCGCCGCCGGCGCAACGCGGAGCCCGGGCCCGGCCGCAGGAUGAUGCUCUCGCGGGCCAAGCCGGCCGUGGGGGGUACCCCGCCGCCGGGAGACAGGCGGAGGAAGAAAGGGAAGGAGGUGCCGCAGUUGGAAGAACUCUUGGCUCAGAGGGACUUUACCGGCGCGAUCGCCUUGCUGGAGUUUAAACAGCACGUGGGUGAGGAGGAGGAGGAUGGAAACCUUUGGAUCGGAUACUGCGCGUUUCAUUUGGGUGACUACAAAAGAGCUCUGGAGGAAUAUGAGGCUUUAACCAAGCAAGCAACUUGCAAUCCAGAUGUUUGGGUGAACCUUGCCUGUACAUAUUUCUUUCUGGGGAUGUACACACAAGCAGAACAAGCAGCCUUGAAAGCGCCUAAGAGUGGUCUCCAGAACCGUUUACUCUUUCACCUGGCACAUAAGUUCAGUGAUGAAAAGAAACUGAUGAGCUCUCACCAGAACCUGCAAGAUGUUACAGAAGAUCAGCUUAGCCUGGCAUCUAUCCACUACAUGCGGUCCCACUACCAAGAAGCUAUUGAUAUCUACAAGCGCAUUCUGCUGGACAAUCGGGAAUACCUGGCUCUGAAUGUGUAUGUGGCCCUGUGCUAUUACAAACUGGAUUACUAUGAUGUAUCACAGGAAGUGCUAGCUGUUUAUCUUCAGCAAGUUCCUGACAGCACCAUUGCUCUUAACCUUAAGGCUUGUAACCAUUUCCGACUUUACAAUGGAAAGGCUGCAGAGGCAGAGCUCAAAAACUUGACAGAUAGUGCCUCAUCAUCUUUUGAGUUUGGCAAGGAGCUCAUAAAGCACAACCUGGUGGUUUUCCGAGGAGGAGAAGGGGCUUUGCAAGUCCUACCUCCUCUGGUUGAUGUUAUUCCUGAGGCAAGACUGAAUCUUGUGAUUUACUAUCUGCAGCAAGAUGAUGUGCAGGAGGCUUAUAACCUGAUUAAGGACCUGGAACCUACAGCUCCACAGGAAUACAUCCUCAAAGGGGUGGUAAAUGCAGCACUUGGACAAGAAAUGGGCUCGAGAGAUCAUCUGAAAAUUGCUCAGCAGUUCUUCCAGUUGGUGGGGGAAUCAGCCAGUGAAUGUGAUACCAUUCCAGGGAGACAGUGCAUGUCCUCCUGCUUCUUUCUUCUUAGACAAUUCCCUAAUGUCCUAAUUUACCUCAACUCAAUCAAGAGUUACUUCUACAACAAUGACACUUUUAACUUCAACUAUGCCCAAGCCAAAGCUGCAAUGGGCAAUUUUAGCGAAGCUGAAGAGGUGUUCCUUUUGAUCCAGAGUGAGAAGAUAAAAAGUGAUUUUGUUUACCUUAGCUGGCUGGCUCGCUGCUAUAUUAUGAAUAAGAAACCACAGCUAGCCUGGAAGCUCUAUCUGAAGAUGGAAACAUCAGGGGACUCCUUUAACCUAUUGCAGCUCAUUGCAAAUGAUUGUUACAAAAUGCGUCAGUUUUACUAUUCAGCCAAAGCCUUUGAUAUUCUGGAGAGACUGGACAAUAAUCCUGAAUACUGGGAAGGCAAGAGAGGUGCUUGUGUGGGUGUAUUUCAAAUGAUCUUAGCUGGCCGAGAAGCAAAAGAGACUCUGCGGGAAGUUCUGCACCUUCUGAAGAGCACUGGUAAUUCUCAAGUAGAGUACAUUGUUCGCGUCAUGAAAAAGUGGGCCAAGGAGAACAGAGUCCCCCUUUGAGUCUGUGUCACAAAAUGAACCAGGUCAGUUGCUACUGUAUGUCUGGCUGCAAGACAAGGGUUCUUGGUUUCUCCUGUGCUUUCUGGGUAUCUCCUUCCUUGCAGGACUUUAGGCAUUCAAGCAGUUGACCCAGCUGAGGAAGAAUGUCCUGCAGUGAGAUUCAAAACAUACAGCAAAUUGUUUUGUUUUGGUUUGGUUUUUUUGGGGGGGUUUGUUUCUUUUUAAAAUUAAAACUGUAUUGGUAUUUUUUCUGUUGCACUGCUCUAUUCCUCAAAGAUUUUUUAAUAGUAGUUCCAACUGUCUACAAAACUGUAGACUGGAACUGUAGACACUUCCAACUGUCUACAAAAUCAAGGUGCUCCUCAAAUUUUCCCCAGAUUCCUCCUUCAGUAACAAAAGUUACUGAACUGCAUGGUGGUUUUUUUCCCCAGCAAGUCUUCUGGCCUCUGGAGAAGAACCAUUUGUUACGUGACUCAGACAAACCUACGUCAGCAAGUGAUGGAAUGUGGCAAAUAGAGGUGGUGACAGUGAUACUACUAGGCACUACUAGGGUAUCAGAUAAUACAAAAGGCUUAACAUAGAAUCAUAUGAUCAUAAAAUGGCUUGGGUCAGAAGGGACAUUAAAGAUCACCUAGUUCCAACCUGCCAUGGGCAGGUACAGCUUUCAGACAGCUUUUUUUUACUCAGAGCUGCUGAGGUUCCUCAAUGCUUUAUCCAUCCUGGCCUUGAACAGUUCAAGGGGUGGGCCAUCUACAACUGCUCUGGGUAACUUGUUCCAGUGCCUCACCACCCUCGUAGUAAAGAAUUUCUCCUUGAUGCCUAAGCUAAACGCAGUCUCAGUUUGAAACAAUUCCCUCUUGUCCUGUCACUACAUGCUCUUGUGAAAAGUCUUGCUUCUUUAGGACUUUUAUAGAUUACCUAUCGGGUAUUCUGAGGAGUAUCCUUUUCUGGAUGAAUUUCAAUUACCAAUACCUUAAUUUGGGGGUUUUUUUGUCUGUAAGGAUUAUUUUCUCUCUUGUCAUCUUUUUCAGAGCAUGGAGACUUAUUUGACUGAUGAUCUUGUUCAAUCUCACUUUGAAAUUUAACACUCAGAACAUUUAUUCAUGUUAAUAUAGUUCAUAUGAGAACUUUAGCAAUCUGAUGGAUAAAAAGAUCUUUUGAAUUAUUUUGUCCAGCAUUUACCAUCAUCAUGAGCAAUAUAUUCAUUAUACUUAUGGAUUUAUUAUACUGUCCCAUUUUUUUUAAGGAGAACAGUUCAGGGAAUACAUAAUUCUAAGAGAAGGCAACAGUUGUAACAUAAAAAUGUCUUAUACAUUUGACAGUAAAAAACAUUUGUAUAUUAUUUGUAAAAGAAAACUUUACAUUUUAUAAAUUUGUAAAAUACUUAAUAAGUAUUUUUUUAUCUUUUGAGGGGAAUUCAGAAUACCAUAUUCUCUACUGUCUGUGCAUUGAUUAAAGCUCUUAUUUGAAUCUACAGCUGAAUGUCUGAUUGGUCUGUGUUGCUUCACAUUGCAGAAGUUGAAAUAGUGUAUUCAUUUUGCUGUGGAAGAGGGCAGGUUUGUGGCUGAUUGUUAAGUGCAUGUUCAUUAAUCAGUCAGAAGCAGGCCAAUGGCCUUGGUCCUGAUCUUAUAGUAGUUUGCUGAAACUAAGCUGGGUGUAUGUGGAACAUGCACACCUUUCUGCCAUAUAAUGUGUCUGGCUUUACUGCUUUAAGCAAAAAAUGUGUGUAUCAUUGUUCAGGUGUCUAGAAGUACAUGGAUAGUUGUGGUUACUUGCACUUAAAUCUAGAAACUGAUCCAUCACAUUAGCAACAAUAAGCCUUUCAGCAGGGGCCAUGCUACACUCAUUCAAAAGAGGUGUAAAAGGAGCAGUGUUUUCACUGAAGGUAGUUACAAAACACUUUACUCAUGAACAGCAUUUUUCUUUUCCAUCUCAGUUUAAUUAACUUGGAAACAGAUUGGGAAUGCAAUUAUGAAUCUUGGUACCAAGCUUCAAAAAAUCAUGUUGGUGGCUUUGUAGCAGAUGUUAAAUGCAUCUAAUUACUCCCUUUAUUGAAACUUAACCUGCAGGAUUGCUGAAAAACAUCCAAAUUGUUACAUACCAUUUUACAUGUUGGUUGAAUCUUCUGAAAUAAGUGUGAUAGCUUUGCAGUAUAAGGGCUUGGGGGCCAAUUUUACCUUCUCUUGUCUGUGACAAGAAGUUUUAAUGCAGAGGGGAAGAAGUUUGGGGGUUUUUUUUAACUUACCUUUAUUUAUUGUAGCCAUAAUAUCAUAUUUGAUAUGCUAAAUAAUGUGGGGUUUAGCACAGUGUAUUAUAUUGACUGGCAAUAAAGCUUUUAUCAUUUAAGAUAAAACAGGGGACUGCAUUGCUUUGCCUUGAGCAGUGAUGAAAUAAGGUAUUUUACAUACUGUCUUAGCAUUUAGGUCUUGGUAAUAGAGCAGAUAUGUAGGUACUAUUAAAAUGCAGAACAAGAAAAGUACUGAAAUACUGGUGUUUAUUUUACCUUAGAAAUACAUCUAGAAUGUGUGUUCCAUUGUUUAAUCUGAGGUCAUAUUCAAAGCACAGAGAUGAGAAGUUGCCGUAGCUGAUACAGAAAUGAAAGAUAGUAAAGAAGAGAUAAAAUUUUAUCCCUGUCCAUUUUCAUAUUUCCCUAAACUGUGGAAAUUUAAGGAGUCAAGGUACUCUAAAAAGGAUGGCUAGGAGUGAAGGCAGGUGACCUAUUGAGCAAGCAGGCAAUGAAAAAUGCAUGUGCAGAGUCAGGGAAAUGGGUAAAUUUAUUGGGUCAGGAGUAAGUGAAUAUAAAAUUGAAACAGUGGCAUUUUAGAUAACGUAAUGAAAGGAAGACUAAAGGAGAAAUAAAUUGCUGCAUCAUUAUAAUUUCAAGGAAGAAAAUGGAAAUUAGAGUUAUUUCUUAUAUUCUGAAUAAGCAUCUGAUUCUGGAAAAAUAAGCUACAGAGAAUGCACAGAAGCUGCUCUGCUAGCAAUCAUAGCAUUAAUAGUGACUAGUAAAGAAAGCCAAACCCCAAACAGCAUGUAACUGCUUUUAGUUGAGUGCUGACCCAUUCCUGAUGGAAAGAAAGUCAACCUUGAAUUAAACUUGUUAAUACCUGAACAACAGCUAUGACAGUAACAUCUAAGUGAAUUAAACUGGAGGUGACAAGUUCAGUGUGAAAGAAAAGUCAUGUCACAUUAUAGCUCUGGACUGUAGCAGGUAUUUAGGUUUAUGUGGCUCCCUCAGCUGGAAGCUGGCUCAUUGAUCUUCAUAAGAAAGCUGUCUGAUCGUGAAUGAGGAACUUGGCUAGUAGGCCAAGACACCAAGUAAACAAUUACCUAAAUGGCUGUUGCUGCCUGUAGCUUCACUAUAUGGGAGCUAUACAUGCAUUGAAGAAAACAUCUAGAUUUUGCCCACUGCUUUACUCUUUGACCAUUUUUCCUCUAAAUUAUCUCCAGAAGUAACUUCCACUUGCUGUUUUUGAAGUUUCAUUUCCAAAUUUCCCUCCUCCCUUUCAGUCUAUGACAUGGUGAUUGAAUAAGUAGACAAUUGCAUGAAAGUGUUACCAGUAACAUUAAAAUCAAGUCAUUAAUCAACUGAUAGAUAAGCUGGCCUGACACUAUGUAGUGCAAGAUGGUAGGUUUCACCAGUGUUGAAUCCAUUAACUAACUCGACUUACCAUAAAAUAUUUGCCAGAAAAACUUAAGAGUGUUAAUUUGAAGAUGGAUAAUGAGAAAUCCGUAGUUUUAUUUUGAAAUUUAUUCAAAUGAUUAAAUCAUACUUGCUUUUUUAGAAAUUGUACCUUAAUUCUAAAUUCAACUUGUUUAGCCUUGUUUUCUAAUAUUCAGUUCUUCCAGUGUUCAUCUUUGCUGUUAACCAUUAAAGCCUGGCAUUCUUUGGUUUGGUUUGGUUUUUUUGUGGUUUUCUUUGGAGUUUUUUUUCAUCUUUUAAAGUGCAGCAAGUCAAUUCUUGUUUGUAUAUAAGGCAGAUUCCCCUGUCUUGUAUUUGCUGGGUUCCCUAGACAAGGAAGGAAUGAUGAAUCUGACUCCAUGUUCUUAGAAGGCUAAUUUAUUAUUUUAUGAUAUUACAUUAUAUUAAAGAAUACUAUCCUAAAACUAUACUAAAGAAUACAGAAAGGAU